UCUUCUUCUUCUUCUUCUUCUACUACUCCUACUACCACCACUACUUCUACUACUACUACUUCUACUACAACCACUUCUACUACAACCACUACUACUCCUACUACAACUAGCACUCCUAGUACUACUACAACUGCUCCCACUACUACUACCUCUACUACUCCUACUACCAUUACUACUACCUCUACUACUCCUACUACCCCUACUACUACUGCUCCCAUUACUACUUCUACUACUACUGCUACCUCUACUACUACUAUCCCCACUACUACUAUCCCUACUACUACUACUACUACUACUGCUCCUACUACUCCUACUACUACUACUACUACUUCUACUACUGCUCCUACUUCUACUAUUACUAACUCCACUACUGCUUCUACUUCUACUACUAGUGACCCCACUACCACUUCUACCACAACCAUUACAUCCACUACGUUACCAUCAUCAAUUUCUACACCAACAACUAGUACAACCAUUACACCUUUGCUAACUACCUCGACAACACCUGCAACCACCCUGACUACAACCAUAACCAUUGAACCUGCAACCACCUACACAGCAUCUACUACUUCUAUUCCUACAAGCACCGCUACUAGCCCCGUGACUACUAGCAUAACUUCUACAACUACAAUGUCACAGGAAUCACCAACAACAUUCGUACCUACAUCUUAUUUCACUACAACUACGAAACCUACAUUCGAAACUACUGUGACAAAACCAGUGGCUACCGUUUCUACUACUACCGUUAUAGCAACUACACCUCUUACCAGCGUGACGGCUACUAAAUCUCUAACAGUAACAACAACAACUGUUACAACUUCUAGUACUACUACAUCACGAGAAACAAGUUCUACGGCAAGUACUUCGCCUAUUCCUAUACCUUCUACAACGACUCUUCCCAUAACCACAACAUGGAUAACCACAACAUCACUAAAACCAACAAGUAGUGCACUCAACUCCGCUACGAGUACGUUUAGCUCCGGUACAACAACGAUUUCGCCGGAGCACGAAACUACAACCACAGCGUUGUCCACCCGUCGCACUAGAACAACUACUAGACGAACUACCAGAACGACAACCGAGGAAAUUACUUCUGCGGCUUCGACAACGUCUGUCGAAGUAACAGCGAGUCCAACAACCGUGUCUGAAACAACAACUCCAACUGCAACCUCGGAUACUACACUUUCCAUGUAUGAAAGUGAAACCACUAGGACAUCAGAAUCAGCUACAGAUACAUCAAGAACAUUCACAACAACAGAAGAAUCGGAAACCCAAACCCAGUCAACAACACAGCCGCCAUCUUCAUUCGCACCUAACCCUACCUUAGCUCCCCAAGCACAAAAGGCAUCUGAUGAAACCAGCGCCAUUUGGAUCUCCGUGGCCGGCAUCUUCCUCAUGCUGUUCGUCAUUAUAUCCGCAAUCGGAGUCUAUCUAUACGUUAGCUGCCGAGAGAUAAGCCAAGUGGUUGCCAAAGAGUUGGACGACUAUUCAAGCCACAAUGGACAGCUUCCGAGUGCCGUUAAUUGUUACGUAACUCCACAGGUCCUGGCCGAUUUUCACCAGCAAAGACAGCUGCAGCAAACCAGGCAGAGCCGUACCCACAAACGACCGCGCGAAAGUAUGCUUUCAACGACCAGCGAUAACAGCAGCUACUUUGCCAACGUUAAACAGCGUUACACCAAGGAGCUUAUCACACCCAGCGCUAGCAGACCGUACUCGUUAGCCGAAGAAAUCAAGAAGACGAGGCUUAAGAAUAGGCUUAAUAAAUUUUAG